AUGAAGAGAGAUGAAUACUAUGUAGGGUUUCCAUGGAAAGAAACUACAAGCACCCUACCAGACAACAAGUCUAUAGCCGCAACGAGACCGGAAAGCAUUGUCCCCAAGCUCGUCAAGGACCCCGCUAUGCUACGACAGCACAUUGAAAUUAUCAUGAGUCAGCGCGAACAAGGAGUUAUUGAGGAGGUCGACGAAAGCGCACUAUCAGAGGGACCAAUUGUGCAUUACCUCGCGCACCGCGCUGUCGUCACCCCUCACAAAAAGACGACGAAACUGAGAGUUGUCUUCGAUGUAUCUGCGCCUCUGAAAGAACAUCCUUUACUCAAUGACGUUUUGCUACCGAAGAUAUGCGACAUUUUGCUGCGAUUCAGAAUCGGAGACAUGGCUAUCACCGGUGAUGUGGAAGAAGCCUUCCUCCAAGUAAGGUUGCAUCUAUGGGACAGAGAUGCCACACGAUUUUUGUGGCUACGAGACAUUGCGCAACCAAUUUCGCUAGCGAAUACUGUUACUUACGGGUUCGCAAGGAUGAAUCGGCUUGAAUUGUUCCCCUUUCCUUCUCGCAUUGACAAUCAAGUUUCACUUAGACACAUACGCCGGUAA